GGCGCGGGAGAGUGGCUGUUUGGCUUUCUUUUUCUUCUUCUUCUUCUUCUUCUUCUUCUUCUUCAUGGAAAUUUCUUCAGUACAAAAGCUUUGCCUGCAUUUGAUUUCUUCUGCAUUCCAAAGAUGCCGUCAAUCCGAAGAUCUCUGCAGAUUAUCGGUGGUUCUCAAUCGCUCCACAGCCGCGUCUCCGAUCGUUCGAGUCUCGAUAUCAGAUACUGGAAUUGGUAGUUGCUUGGAGGAGUUUCAAGUUCUGAAAAUUGCAGGAGAAUUUCUUUGUCCUGAAAAGUGGGAUGGAUUGCUUUUGGUCAGAACUACCAGUAUUUCUGAUGACGAGAUCUAUCAUUAUCACUUAAAUUUUAGGGAAAGUCUUUCCACUAGAAGGCUUAACAGGCUGCCUUUUAACCUGAAGAACAGUGCAAAAUUCAGCGGUACAGAGGUAAAUCUGGCCACCACUGAACGUAUUGAUGUUUUGCUGGCUGAGGUCAACUGCUUCUUUCAUAAGAUGCUCAUUCUAAAUAUCCCAAAUAUUGUGGCUGAACUGGUGAUUGAGCAAGGGGAUGCUCCCGGAUCACAACACGGUGAUGUCUUUCUUGCAAACGAAUACAAUUCAACUCUAUUUUCAGCUUCGAGUGUUGAACGUUUGAAAUCAGGCCUCGAAGCAUAUGUUUUGACACAUGGAAAAAGCUUAAAAAACAAGUGUGACUCUUGCUUCCCAACACGGGAACCUCUUAAAAUUGGGAGUGGGGUAGCAUGCAGCAUGGAAAGCCAUAGGUCUGCUGGACAGAUAAUGGAAGUGGUUAUUAUAAUAAGUGAGUCAUCAGUGUCCAGCAUUCCUUGCCUAAGGUUAUGCAACACUAAAACAGAGGUCUUGUAUUUCAAGGACUUCUCGCCAAGCUCAGUCUCCGCAUCAUUCCCGAAUGCAUUGGCAAGCAUUAACUGGAGAAGUUAUGGGUUAAAUCUAGGAAGUGUUGUAGAUCAAGGUGGCAGCACAUUACUAGAAUGGGAAAACUUACCUCAAUAUGCUCAUAUUGAUAUGGUCCUCCACUGCUACCAUAAGCAAUAUCCAACUUCAUGCCACGCCAUGAUACCACCAGCAAAGCUUAAAACUCAACCUGAUCGAAAUCUUAUAAAAAAGGCAGUUAAACUUGCCUUGGAUGAUUUGAAAGAGAGACAUUGUGGACUUCUUCUUAGUUCACAUGCUCGAAAGAUUUGCAGUUAUGCCCCUGACCUUGCAAGAACAAUUGCUGGCCUCAUUGUGUCAUCCAACGAUUCACACUUUCAAAGAGAAUGCAUUUCCCUGCUUGGCUUGCAUGGUCAAAAUAUUGCCAGUGGAACCAUUGAAGACUGCGUCAAGGAAAAGAUUAUGGCUGUUAUAGAGACAGAUGAUAGGAAGCCCCAGAAAAGCAAAGAGACUGCACCCUACUUAUUUGAAGAUGACUGCCUCCCAGAACCAUACUUUCAAAACGAGGAAUAUGAAGGUGAGGAUGGUGAUGAUUUCUUAGUCCUGGAUUAAUAUAUGCAUUUUGACACCAUGCAUUUUAUCAAAUUCUAGGCAAUACUUCUUUGUCUUUUAGAAGUGCAUGUCAUUGUUGCAUAUACCUUUGGCAAAAAUGGCAGCAGCCAAAAUAGGGAUGAUGAUUCCCCACAGACGGGAACCUCAAUAUCCCCCACAGGGACUGGAAUGCGGAUGAACUUCCUGUCCCUGUCCCAUUUCAUUGUCCAAUAGAGGUCGAUUUUGACAUGUCUUUCAGAUCAUGGUCCAAAUUAAUUGCAUGCUGCCACAUGUACGGUAAGACAUUCGACAGUUGCUAGCCACAUGUACAUAUUAAGCCCUGCUUAAACAGGACAUUUCCUGAGGAUCAUACUGCAUAUCCAUCAUUCUUGAUAAAUCUCGAUUUCCAUA